AUGCCACCAACAGCCACCUCUGGCAUGUCAGUGUCCCCCUCCCUCUCUCCUUCGCCUUCCUCUUCUUCAUCAUCAACAAGGACAACAACCUUUGCUACAGUGUACCCCACCCCUGUCUCACAAACCUCGGAACCAGCACCCACAGCAACAGACACUACUCCCUCUCUAGGCGGCGCCUUUGGUUCCGGAGGUGUACCGGUGGCAACGAUCUUUUACUUUGUUGCGUUCGUCGCUGGACUUAUUGCCGUCUUCUACGCCAUUCACCGAGUCCGUCGCAACCGUCGUCGGCGUCUGCAGGAACAGAACGGCGACAGUGAAUCUGGUGGACGUACCGUACAUACCGCAACUUAUCGCCCCGAGGAUGAAGAAGGAUGCCCGCCUCCACAAUACCGCGCUUAUGCCGCUGACGAACCGUCAUUAGACCCAGAGAUGACUAUUAUCUACCCUGCCCAGGCUCACUAUGCAUCCUCCCACCUCGGCCUGCUCUCCUCCACUCCCGCCCUCUCCUCGCCCUCGGUCGAUGACGAUGACUCCGUCAACGCCUAUAUGGCCUCGUCCCGCCCUACCCUUCAGACCAACUCGACAGACACAACAGCGGCUACCACAACAACAAUCACCACCACAACAACUAUUACUACCACGCCAGGAAGCUCAACUACAUCCCCCUCGACUUCUCCUACUAUCAUCCAACGGUCAAUCAUGGCCCCCAACGCCAACAUCCUCACCACAACACCUCUGAACUCUACCGAUCGCCUUGACCAGCACCCGCAGCAUCAGAACCGGCACCAGGAGCAACAGGAGGGUAGUCACAUGUCAUCUGUUCCCGUGAUCACCGCCCCAUCUCCAGCAUUUUCCUUCACGGUUUCACGGCAUCUCCAUAUUCUCCGUGACGGUCUUGCAGGAAGGAACAAUAUCCACCAGUCAGGAUCGGGUCGUCGUUCUUCCACCCCUGUCUCGACCAGCACGACGGGCACGAGCACAGGCGGCACCACGUCUACCAACAACCGUUUAUCGACCCCAAAUAUGCAAUCGACUUCACAGAUACAUGCACCUAAUCGUGUUAGUUUCGCCGGAUCCAUUUCAAGCACUGGCAGUGGCAGUGGCAGUGGCAGUACCAGCGAGUCAGGACUUGUCGUCAUCGUACCCAACCAACAACAACAUCCUAUACUGAACCGACUCCGGAGUGAAGGACCACCUCCUUAUAUCCCUAUGGCACCUGAGGCAGCCCUCCCCAGUCUCCCUCCAGAGUACGAUACAGCCAUUGCCCCAUCCACUACCCCCUCGACUACUAUUACUACCACCCCUGGUUCAUUGUAA